UAUGACUCGUAGUGAAUAAACCGUAAACAGACAAAUUUAUACAUUGGCGGUAACGAACAUAAAUACUAAUUGUUUAAUCAAACCUUGCGUGCAUUUAUUUAAUGCAACUCUCUCAGGGAUAAAUUCUAAUUGUACAGCAAUGACGGCAAUGCAUAAUCCUCGAUUACAAUUAGCAAAAAGUAUGUGAAAACGAAAAGAAAAUGUUGUGUUUUACUUGAAUUGAAGGAUUACUGACACGGGUAAUCCAUCAUGUCUGAUCGCCACCCAGCAGUCCGAUGUCUGCACCACUGGCCAACACGGACGCUAUGCCUCUUCCUGAUUCUCAUACAAGCGGCUUCCCUGAACUGGUACCUCAUGGAUAAUCUGUCAUUCACCUGGGCGGCUGUGUACGCCGCCGACGCCGUCGUCAUUACGCUUUUCAUCGCAUCAUUUUUCAUGGCAACCUCAAAUAUCCACCAUGAGAAACACAGCAAUGAUCCACCCUUUGCUUCAGCCUCGCAUCUUCCUCUCAGCUAUAUUUCGUGGUUUGCCUAUGCAGUGUUGUUAGAUAUCAAAGUCGUUAUGGUAUUUACGAAAUUCUCCACAGAUCUUGAUGAAGAUAGUUUCUUUGGGCCAAACACCAUGAAGACAUCUCUCGCCCUCGCUGGGUUAGUAUUCUUGACCUUUUUACCCACACAACAUGACGCCACAGCUGGGCAUAGAAGGCAAAUUAUCACCACAUUGACUGCCACUGUAAUAUUUGACAUUUUAGACGGAGUGGAUAACUUAGAGAAUCUUUUCGAUAAAGAUGUCCGUGAUUCCUAUCCGCCAGGGCUUGAUGAUGCAAUUAUUGGAAUUUGCUGCGUUAACUUCCUGUUACCCACAGUUCCAUUGUUUACAUUAGCGAAAACAAGGUUCGGACUAACUAAACUUCCGGAAAGGCUAGAAAUCCUUCACAAAGUCGCUAUCGCAUAUUUGGUGAAUUUGCCGUUGUUUAUAACACGGAUGGUCACAUGGCAUGGCCUAUCAGCGGGAAUUUCGAUAUUUUUGUUGAAGAACGUGAUUGCUAUUGGGGUUGUGACAUUCGAUUUGGUAGAACACUUUUGCUGUAAAGCCCCUAAACGUGAUUCAGAUAACGAACUUGAUCGCUAUCGACCAGGUUGAGAUGAAAAUUUGACAUUCGUGGGUAAUAUCCCUUAGUAACAUGAAAUUAUGAAAACCUCAGGGAAAAAGUCUCUUAUUUCGAAUUACGCAUUAAUCAAGCGUUCGUACUUAUUAUUGUUGUCAUUUUUGAGAAAUAUUAUUCAAGCUGGUGAAUGAACUGUCUUGGUUAAGUUAAAUGGGUCAAAGGAAGUUUAUUUUACAGUUAGAUUAUUUUUACAGGUGUAAAUCAAUGACACAUUUCAUCUGGUUGUACUUGAUUCUCAUUAAAUGGCUUACCGUAAAAUCAGUUGUCAGUUGCCAUUUAUCCUAAACACCGUUCUGCAUUUUUCACUGGACAAUACUAGCAUUUAUAUAAGUAUGUUUUUAAUUAGGUGAUUUGAUAUUGGUCCAGUUAUU